AAACUUGGUUCAACUGAGUUCUAUACAAGUAUCACGAGGCGAUCUUUGUUUAGAAGGGAUAAAAGGGCUCCUUGUAUGGCAACCAACCCCAUCGAUCAAUGCUGGCGUUGUGAUCCAAACUGGAUAAGAAAUAGGAAGAAGUUGGCUGAUUGCGCUCUCGGAUUCGGGAAAGGUACCAUUGGUGGAAGGGACGGAGAUAUUUACGUGGUCAGUAGUCCUUCGGAUGAGCCGCUUGACCCUAAACCUGGUACCCUACGUUAUGGUGUGAUCCAAAACGUGCCACUUUGGAUCAUCUUUGCAAGAAGCAUGAUCAUCACGCUGAAAGAGGAGCUGCUCAUCACAUGCGACAAGACCAUCGACGCUAGAGGAACCAACGUGCAUAUCGCUUAUGGGGCUGGUCUUACCGUUCAGUUUGUGAAGAACGUCAUCGUCCAUAACCUCCAUAUCCAUCACAUUCUUCACAAGAGUGGUGGCAUAAUCAAGGACGGUUCAAACCACUUUGGGUUGAGGACAAGGAGCGAUGGUAAUGGGAUUUCCCUCUUUGGAAGCACCAACGUUUGGCUUGACCAUCUUUCCAUGUACAAAUGCUCCGAUGGUCUCAUUGAUGUUGUUCAAGGUUGUACCGCCAUCACCAUUUCCAACUGUCAUUUCACUGAUCACAACGACGUGAUGUUGUUUAGAGCAAGUGACAGCUACAGUGAGGAUGAGAAGAUGCAGGUCACUGUUGCUUUCAACCAUUUCGGAAAAAACUUGGUACAGAGGAUGCCUAGGGCCCGAUUUGGUUUCUUCCAUAUCGUCAACAACGAGUACACUUAUUGGAACAUGUAUGCCAUCGGAGGCAGCAGCCACCCUACGAUUAUCAGCCAGGGCAACCGAUUUAGAGCUCCGGUUAACAAAGCAGCCAAAGAGGUCUGCAAGAGGGAAUAUGUAGGACCGGAAGUGUGGAAGCACUGGAACUGGAGAUCAGAAGGUGACUUGAUGUUGAAUGGUGCCAUUUUCAUUCAGUCCGGAGAUCCGAACGCCAGCAAGAAAUACGGAGGUGACAAAUUGAUGGCUGUUAUGCCGGCUCAUAGGGUGCCUUUUAUGGUCAAGUGGUCUGGAACACUUAUCUGCGUCCCUGGCAGGGCUUGCUAAACCACUGGCUUGUGG